AUGUCUUCGUCAUCAAACGACAACAACGUAUUUGGCCAGGUAGCUCCUGGAUGGGAAAAAGUGCGUACAAAAUUUGAACAAAAUUUAACCGAUGGAUCCGAUGCUGGAGCAAGCUUAUGUAUUUAUCAUCUUGGAGAAUGUGUAGUGAACUUGACAGGGGGUUGGAAAGAUGCAGAGACAAAGAAAGAACCAUAUACACCAGAUACUCUUCAACUAGUUUUUUCAACUUCAAAAGGUAUUGCAGCUGCUGCUGUGGCAUUAUGUGUGGAGAAAGGUUGGCUCGAUUAUGAAGCACCUGUAGCCAAAUAUUGGCCUGAGUUCAGUGUCAAUGGAAAGGAGAAUAUAACGGUGAGUCAGCUAAUGUCUCACCGAGCUGGCUUACCAUGUGUCGAUGAACAACUCACACUUAAUGACGUGUUGGAUUGGACUCGAAUAACUUCUUUAUUGGCUAAGCAGAAACCUCAUUGGGAACCCGGAACAACACAUGGUUAUCAUGCGUAUACAUUUGGAUUUUUGGCUGGAGAACUUGUUCAGCGAGUUGAUCCUCAACAUCGUUCUUAUAGCCAAUUUGUUCGUGAUGAAUUGGAUCCUGAAUUCUAUGUGGGGGUUUCUGAUAACAAUGUUGAAGCGCGUGUCGCUCCUCUCUUUGCUAAAAAUGACGGUCUCCUAGCUAGUUUACCACAAAUGGAUCCUCUCGUCGAAAAGUCAAUGUCAUGCAACGGUGCCUUUCCUUUGAGGUCACCUAAUAGUGAUGAAUUCGUUUUCAAUCGACGUUCAGUACAUCAAGCUGCCAUACCAGCUGCUAAUGGUAUUUCGAAUGCUCAUUCAAUAGCACGAAUUUACGCUUUACUCAUUGAUGAUGUUAAUGAAAAUGGUAAGAAGACAACAUGUCUUCUGAGCAAGAAAACUUUGAAAUCGGCUACAGAAAAUGUGACACCACCAAAUGAACAGGAUCGAACCAUUUUUGGCCUUACAACAAAAUUUUCAAGAAGUGGAUUUGAAUUACAUUCUGAUUUUUUUAACGUUCUAGGUGAAGACGGCUUUGGUCAUCACGGUAAGAUUUCAAGAAAUGCAUAA